UAUCGCUGGAGCCGCGCUCAGAUGCUCUGUGUGCGCCGGGCGGGCCGCGCGCGUUUCCGAACGACACUCGCGGAUUACGGUACAACAAUUACCGAACGCAAAAAGUUCUUUUUUGGAACACCAUUUUUAAAAACUCUCAUCAUCUGUGCCGGGGUCGUCCCAUCCCUCGUUCGAAUUCCGAAAACUGUUCAGAAACUCAAUCGGUAAAGUACGACUAGAAAGUUUGCAUUGCAUUUACAGUAUUUUCUAUACAAAUAGCAGUGGUUGCAUGUGUAAUAGAGUUUUAUUUUGUGCUUUUGUGCCCCCAGUGUAGUUCUGGACGAGUUUUGAGUGUUGCCGAGUUGUUGGUACUUACUGUCAAUAUCUACUACAAAGCCAUUAGGUUUUGGAAUCGAUAGAAAAAAUUAAGGACAUCUAUGAAGCCACAACUCCACUGAAGAUCACCUUCGAAUGUGUCGCGACAUACUGAAAACCAGUGUUAAUAAGAUGUGACAACAAUGGCUGCCACAGACGGCCAAGUCAUCGUCGCGGCGUCGCGCUGGGCCGAUGAGGGCUCCUACCUCCGGGAGUUUGUCUCCAAGAAUAGAGUCCCUAAUGUCGCCAAGAUCAUCAAGGGACAGUAUGGCGGCCUGGGGGUCCCCACACUGCCCAGCCCCGGCCUCCAGAGCACCGCCAUGCUCAUCUCAGCAGGCAAGAGGAAGAAAAUCAUCGCUCAGGCCAUCAAGAUCAAAGAAGGCAGACGCAUGGUCAGCGUUGGACCCAGAAUCGCCAUCCCUGACUCGUAUAAGGGAUACUUUGAGCUGCUCAGCGAAGAAGGAAGAGCUGUCAGGUGCAUCGAGUCUGUGUCUGAACUCGCCAGGAGACGGCUAGAAGACGGAUGUCUGGUCAGAGAACCGAUCAGAGUCAUCUGCGCCAAGACGGACUUGGAUGGCAAUUUGACAGCUGACGGCGCAAGGAAUAUGCCCGCCGGAGAAGUCAUCAUGCCUAAAGGAGAAGCGUUGCUUGGCAAAACUAAAUACCUUAAAUGUACUGAUACUAAAGGUGAUACGGUGUUGUUGAGUCUCGACCAGAGAGGAAAGUUCUCUGCUGUGGCUAAGGAAGAGAAUAUCAGCGGUGUGCAUACAGCCAAGACGUUGCUGACUAAACGGCUUCCGUUGACGGUCAGACUGGUCCACGGCACGACGCCGCGGGGGAUAAAAAGUGCAAGUCAUUUUGUUCCGGAAUUAAGACUGCUUUCAAUGUACGAAGAGGAACAUAUAUUCGCACUGCCCCUUCAGAAGGAGGGUAACGCCCUAGUGGCCUUGCCUCUGGCGGCGCCUCUCAAAAUGCAGAAAUGCAAGAACGAGGAGCAAAUACGAAACUUCAUGGAGUUUUACAGGCUGGUGGAAAAGUGCAAUCGAUUGUUAGUGGACGUCGUGGAUAGAAUACACGUGUUAGACGGGAAGCUAGGAGACCCGAAGCGACUACUGAACGCUCCACUAAACGCCCCUCCUUUAGUCAAAACUGGUUACUUCUUGCGAAGAAGCGCUUCGAGUGACACAGCCAAUCACGGCAAGGCACACCUGUCGCGCCACAACCACACCUACAGCAGUCAUCGAGACGAGACUAGCAUCCCUGACGAGUACGACGAAAUAGACCAGAUCUACGACUACGUCAGGGGUUUCGCGCCUCUGCCCAAGAACAUAAAAGCGUCAUACUCAAACGAGCCCGUCUCAGCUCCAAGACACGAGUCGGCGCCUACUUCACCCGCAGCCACGCCUAUCCACAUGCCUUUAAUAACAGAAAUCAAACCGGAACCUCCUCCUAUAGAGACGAUUCCUACCAAGAAACCGUUAGUCCAACCAAAAGCCGAGAAGCGAACCAGGAAAACGGCUGUGACGGCUAAAGAACUCCCCCCAGUAACUGCUGUGUUCAAAGGAAAACCUGUGACAACGCCUACGACGAACCUCCCGAAGCUCUAUGUGAAAAACAGCAGCAGCAAUUCCAAAAACAGAAUGAUCUUCCGCCAUAACAGUCACUCGCCGACGAAAGAGAUUCCUAGUCCAAUUACUAGUCCCAUUGUUAGACCGCUUUCCAAAGGCGAUUCCCCCAUCUUUAAUAUUAGGUACAAAAGUCUUUCGAAUAUCCAACAGGCUAUGGAGUUGGAUGGGACCUUGGACUCAAGUCAUUCUGGGGGGAGGACGUCAGGGGACUCCGGGGCUGGACCUAAGCUCCCAGAGAAGAGGUCUAGAAAGCUAAGCAGACCUAAGUCCCUGAGUAAUCUAGUUUGGGAGCUGAAGGGUUGUCCUGUCGAGGCGGUGAAUGAGAAACCAAAAUCUAGAAGUAAAAAUGAAGGCUAUAGGAAACUGGGCAACAAACUGUCUUUAGGGGCUAAGCGGGUGCCUACGCUCUAUCUUUGAAUUAUCGGUUGCAGACACAAGAAGAAGUCCACGUUUCAAGAAUUCGGAAGAAAACAACAAUCACCCCAUUUCUACAAUAAUACGACUGUGCCGAACUUAUGGAAAUAUAAAAAAAGGAUUUUGACAGAAUUGUUUCAAACAUAUUAUUUUUGACUCCGUUCAUUUAAGUUUUCAACAUGGGAGACAAGGAUAAAUUCUGAAGGUAUUAUUUUUUUACAGUAAAUCAAAAAAUAUUUACCUUCCAUCUAAGAAUAACGUUAAGUUGACGUUAAAGCUGACCUAAGUAUUUUCUUUAUCACUAUUUUGAUCUCUUAUUGAUUAAUAUAAUAUUAUAAUUGUUGUUUAUGAAUUUAAUGCCAUAUUACUUACGGUAAAUGUGUUAGAUGUAAGUUUGGAACAUUAAAAUAUUUUGUAAAAAUUGGCUACGGAAAAAUAUUAUCAAAUAAUUUUUGAACCAAAUGUGUAAGGUGCCUUACUAUGUUAUAGUUAAAAACGAUUUUCUUAAUCACAUUAAUGUAUACUCAACUUAAUGUCUACACACCUAGGUAAUUAAAAUAAAUUAGAUUAAAACAGUCACAAAUAUGUAUAAUUUAAAUUAAAAUAGUUAUUUAAGUUUCUAUAAUAUGAACACCGACUUGUAUGCAUUUACUGAACUUUUUUUUAUAUAGUCUCUUUGAUAAACAAUAUACGAACAAUAUACUUUUUAAGUGAGCCCUUCUUUUGAAUUAUGAAAUAUGUAUUCGGUUUCACGAUUUGUGACUUUAUUUAUUGGUACAAUGGUUGUCAUUAGGUUGAACUUACAAAGUAUCUCGGUUUGACAGUAAACAAAAUGCGGACAGUUUUAAGCUUUAUAUACUGACACACCAUCUUGUUCCCAUAUUGUUUAUCAAAGUAGAAUCAUUAUUAUUUUCUACUGGAGAGAACGACCAAUAAAAUACAGGUAGGUACUUAUCAGUUUUUUAGUCACACUAUUGAGACAUUUUUUGACCGCCAAAAUGAUUUAUAAUUUUUAGCAUAAUUUUGUUUUAUCUACCUUACGUUCUCACAGAACUAUUGUCAUAAAAUUGGUUUAUAUUAUGUUUUAAAUAACUCACUGUAUAUUAAAUUUUCAACAAAUUUUGUGCUAUUCUAUAUUGUGAACCUUGUAUCCUAGAUUUUAUAUUCCAAAUAGGUAUUCCAAUUUUCUGUAUUCUAGUUUAAGCUAGGUGUCCUAUUUCCUAAAAUAGAGUACGUUUUACCUUUUAAUUUUAUUUCGUAUACCCAUGAUGUAAAAAGAGACCAAAAUUAUUGAAGUAAAAUAAUAAAUUCAAUUUGUUUUUCAUACAAGAGACUACAUAAAGAUUUCUGACUGAUUGGUAUGUAGAGACCUUAGACUAACCUCAGUAGAGACCAUGUAGUCUCUAUUUCAGGUAGAGACCUGAAGUAGAGACCUAAUAGACGGCUAAUCAAAUUUAUGUUGAUGGCAAGAUGGCGACCAAAUCGCCUUCUCUGAUUGGUAAAUGGAAAAUGUUCUUGCAGAUUUUAAGUACACAGGGGAUAAAAUAAUACUUCUUAUGAAAAAAUAUUGAAAUAACCGAUCUUUCAUUUCCAUGGUCAGAAAUGGUCGCUCAAGCUUUGUAUGAAAAACGAACAAAGUGGUCUUUUUAGUAGAUUUUUUUAUUUAAUCUUAUAGAUACUCAUUCGGGCUGUUUCUAUGGGCCUAUGUUUUUUUCAUUCAUGUUGUAAUGUGUGCAUCUUACGAAUUAAAUGAUGAUACAAACCUAAUA